ACAUUUCUACAUAAACUCACCGACUCAGCAAUGCACAUGAAGGGUGGUUAGAGACCAAGAAAUUACCACUUCCAUUACUUCGACCUCCUACAAUGCAAACUCACUUGGGUGUAGAGUGUACCAUUCAUAAAUUGAAUAAAUUCCUGCAAAAAAAAGUAUCCAGUAGUAUAUAUCAUCAAAUAGUGACACAACAGAGGGGGAAGCAGUUUAUUGUCCUCCAAGCAUUGUAUUGAUGGAAACAAAGGCUGCUCUUUAUUGGGGAAUUGUUUGCAAGCAUUUGCAGUCAGAAGCACAUGCCUUAGGCUCUGAUGCUGCAGCCACAGUGGGUACCGAAGCAGAAGUAUAUGCUGCAAAAGCAUCAGAUAAAAAUGAUCUUCAAGAAAAUUGUUGGUUUGAUUGUCAUUGAAGCAAUUAAGGUGCUGAAAAAUGAUGUUAAUAGUGUAGAAUGACAUAUUAUCUGGAACGCCCAUCAAGAAACCUGCUGCUUAUGCCAGUGGAGCCGUUUGAACCAAACAAAUCAUGUUAUGUUUGCUCUGAGAGUCCGGUAUUGCUUGAAAUAAAUACAAACCGCUCAAAGUUGGAGGACGUUGUUGAAAAGAUCAUCAAGGCUAAGCUUGGGAUGAACCUUCCACUUAUUAUGAAUGCUUCAAACCUUCUCUAUGAGGCUGGUGAUAUUGAGGACGACAUGGUUGCAAUUUAUGAUGCCAAUCUUGAAAAGGUCCUAGCUGAGUUUCCUUCUCCUGUAACUGGUGGUACAAUGCUUAUAGUAGAGGAUUUUCAACAGAAAUUGAAAUGUGAUAUCAAUAUAAAACACAAAGAGGAAUUUGAUGAAGAGAAAGAACCUGAUGGAAUGGUUCUCUCAGGAUGGACAACAACCACAGAAACAACGACCUUCACUGAUUGUGCUGGAUGCCUUUUGACAUUUACAAAUAGCCGGUUCAAUAAUGAUGUUAGCCUUAAUGCAAUUGCAUUUCUUCGUUUCUGUGCAGUCAGACUUGCUGAUGGAGGACUUGUAUGCAAUAAGAAGAGCAGUACUAAUGGCUCAUCACCAUGAUUUGACAAAUGAUGAGUAUGAUGAUGACAAUCUGCAAAUGGCCACAUAUGUUGUCUCAAGAACAAAGAAUCAUAUUGCUAUGCAGCUACUUAUUUUACAGGUUACAACUGAUCUAUACAAAAAA